AUGUUGGUAUUAGAUUAUAUAGCAUCACAUUUAAACCUAACAUGGAAAAAAAAUAAAAAUUGGUCUGCUACCGUUACCACCACUACAACUAUAUAUGUUGAUCCUCCUAAACGACCCAAAAUAAAACAAAAAAAGGAAGUUGAAAAUAACGUGAAGCAAGCAAAAAAAGAUACGAAUUCUAGUGAAGAAAAAAAUGAUGGUAUUGACGAUAAAAAUAUUGUGGAAAAUGGAAAUCAAAAAAAGUUUGACGAUGAUUUUCGAUCAGAAGAAGAUAAUGUAGAUGUAGGACUUAAGAGUGAUAUUUCAAAGCUAAAAAUUGAUGAUGAAUCAGAUAGCGAUGAUGAAUUAUCCUCAAAACAAUUUCGUCGAAUGAGGAUUGGCAUUGGUAGACCGCCAAAAGACAUUGAUGAUAGAUCUCAUGAUGUUAUUUCUAGUUAUGUAUUGGCACGAAUAACUAGUAAGGAAAUGGAAUACUAUACUAAAGAAGUAUUUCCAAAAUGUAAAGAACAAUUACUUAAAAUUUAG